GUGUAGGGCGGCUCGGGACUCCGUACUGUUCUCUGGGGGGGGUAGGUGAUGGAGCCAGAAGAGCGACCCCUAACCCCAGGGACCAGCAUUGGGCCCCCCAGUCUACAACUCAGCACCCAGUCACCCCCACCUUCUGACAUUCAAAAGUCAAAACUAGAAUUAAAACCUUCAAUAACCUUGCAUUGCUCUCGUUGUCAUCAUCUGACAAUUAGAUCUGUUGUGAUGUUGUUGUGGUUUUUUCGCCUCCAGUCCUCAUGUCCCCCGAAUGUGAGGGACGGCCGGAUGUCUGCCAAACGCCUGUGGGGCCCCCGAGCCAGAGAUGAGGGCCCCGAGCAGAGGGAGGGCCCCCGAGCCAGAGAUGAGGGCCCCCAGCAGAGGGAGGGCCCCCGAGCCAGAGAUGAGGGCCCCCAGCAGAGGGAGGGCCCCCGAGCCAGAGAUGAGGGCCCCCAGCAGAGGGAGGGCCCCCGAGCCAGAGAUGAGGGCCCCCAGCAGAGGGAGGGCCCCCAGCAGAAGAAGGGCCCCCGGCAGAAGGAGGGCCCCUGGCCCGGGGCCGAGCCAGGGAGGAGCGCACAGAGGAGAACCAGGUCCUCCGCCUUCCCUUCCUCCCUGAGCUGGGACUCUGACUCUGAAAAAGAAACACUAGAUGAGGAGGAGCUACAGCACUUUUCUAACCCUCACGGUCUGGCUGCUCACAGCCCAGGAUCUCCUUCUUCUGGACUCAGACUUGAUAGUGAGGAUGACCAAGAACCCGAAAAGAACCAGUUGCGUAGCAAGGCUAACGCAUCCCCGCCUGUGGUGGGGCACAACAGGAACAAUGAGAGCACAAAGACCGAAGAGCCAAAUACAUCUCAGACUGGCCCGGCAGACUUGGCAGAUGGCGACGUGUGGAAUGCAUCUGAGGGAGCCAAGCUGUUUAUGUCCAAAGUAAAACCAAAGGAAGGUUGCCAAAUGGAGGAGGAGGAGGAGGAGGAGGAGGAGGAGGCUGGUAACAAUGAGGCAGAGAAGAGGCCCAAGGGGACAGAAACCACGGAGCCUGAGAGAGAUGUGUAUACCUUCCCUGGAGACUCCGACCCCGAGAGCCCCCCACCCGCUCCCUGGGCUCACUGCACGUUCAUUCAGCGGUGCAGAAAGAAGAGGGUGCUGCUCAGGCCCUUCUCCGGACUCGGCACCUUGAAGUCGCCCGAGACCGACGGGUGGGCAGGAGUUAGUCCUCCGAAAUCCAGAACAGCCGAGACGGCGCGGCUGAAUCGGGGUGCAGGGGUUUAUGAGUUUGAGGAGGCGGCCGUGGAAGAGCCGCUAAGCAUCAGAGAGAGAAGAGACCAGGAAGAAAUGGGGGGAGACCCAGGCAAGGAAAUCUUCACCUGCGUGGAGUGUAGCAUUUACUUCAAAAAGCAGAUCCACCUGCAGGAGCACAUAGUGGAGCAUUGUCAGAGCACGCGUUUGGGAAAGGGCGGCCGAUUCCGAUGUGUUGAGUGUGGGUGGAACCUGCCGAAUCGGCUCGCGCUGUCGGACCACCACAGGCGGCACCAGGAGUCCCGCCUAAAGAUCUUAGGGGAGAUUGAGAAGCUGAAUGAAAAUGGCAGCGCAAGAGAGCUCCCGAAGCACAGAAGCUCGGACGCAGCUAUUACGCAAGAUGCGAGCCCAGCUUCGAAUCCAGACAAAAUGUCGGACCCAGAUUUAGUCGCGUCUCCACCUCUUUCACCGGUUUCAACACCAGAUCCUGUCCCGGCAGUUCUUGACGCAACUCCUCCGAAUUCGACUCGCACUCCAGCUCAGCCCCGAGCGGUUCCCGCCGGCCGACGCCGCUUCGUCUGCACCAAGUGUAACUUCAGCACAAGAACCCCCCAGGCGCUGGCUAAUCACAGCAAGACCCACAACAGGAAAAAUCCAGCUCUCCCGGCGGACCCCCCAUCAUGUUUGGCAUCCCCCUCCCUGGCCUGUGGUCACUGUGCUUUCCUGACCUCAAGCCAAACUGCAAUGAGGGAUCACCAGAAGCUUGUUCACCCAGGACGGGGGUCCGUCAGCGGGGCGCAGGCCCAUGAAACUGGCCAGACUAUGGAGCCUGAACAUUCCUCUGGGCCAGGAUCUGGAUCCUCGCCCAAUGCAAGUCGAGGCGAAAGCCAGCCAGAAGCCUCCGAAGACGGCACUGUGCCCCCGAGCCGGAUGGUCGUGUCCGAGUGCGCUGGGAACGGGAGACUCUGCAGAAGAGGGAAGACUUGGACGCAUCUGGACACGUUUUUGGACGAUGGCAAGCUGAGCGGGAGUGAAGAAGAAGAGCGGGACAAAGAUCAGAGCACACAACACGGCGACAACUCGCCUGUCGGAGGGAAACGGCAAACCAGAUCAAGAUCCAGCACAGAUCACUGCUCCACACAGCAGACCGCCGCGUCGUCGCUCCCUCCCGGGAAGUGUGUGAAGGAGGAAGACGAGCUGGAAGUGGAGCAAGAUGGGCGGGGUUUCUGUUUGAGGAGGCGGAGCCACCGCGUUACCGCCGCUCCGGCGGACAGCGACGUCGUUGACGAGGAACAGGUGCGACGUUUCCUCUCGGAGGGAAUCUUGGACGAAGACCCGGACGAGAUUGACGAGGACUCGGAGAUGUUCAGGAGCGUGGAGAGGAAAUGCCCCUACUGCCCCGAUCGAUUUCACAACGGCAUCGGGCUGGCCAAUCACGUGAGGGGCCACCUGAACCGAGUGGGCGUCAGCUACAACGUGCGGCACUUCAUUUCGCCCGAGGAAGUCAAAGCGAUUGAGAGGAAGUUCUCCUAUCAGAAGAAGAAGAAAAAAGUUGCCAACUUUGACCCGGGCACGUUCAGCGUGAUGCACUGCGAGUUCUGCAGCGCCGGGUUCGACACCCGGGCCGGUCUGUCCAGCCACGCCCGCGCCCACCUCCGAGACUUCGGCAUCACCAACUGGGACGUGACCAUCUCGCCGAUCCACAUCCUGAGGGAGUUGUUCUCCAGCCGGCCCGAUCUGGUGAUCCCCACGGCACCCCCUCGGAGCCCCUGCUCCUCGCGGGACGAGGGCGAGGAAGGCGAGGGAGACGAGGAGGAGGAGGAGGAGGAGGAAGGGGAGCAGAUCGUGGAGGUAAAGCUAGAAGAGGAGACGAGUGAAAGGACGCUGAGCGCCGCCGGUACCGAUGCGUCGCCUUCGGCGGCUCCUCAACGCUGCAAGCAGGACGACGCUGAAGAAGAGAGUAACGGUGAGGGGGAGGAAGAGGAUGAGGAGCAGCUACAGCUUCCAGCUCUGGAUGCUCUGAGCUCGGGGAGAACCGACUCAGACGGCCCCCCCCCUGGAGAGGAUGCAGACUCCAAGGUCCACGACCUGAAGUGCGAGGUGUGUGGCGCUGCGUCCGAGACCCGGCGGGGCCUUUCCAGCCACGCCCGCUCCCACCUGCGCCAGCUGGGCGUCGGCGUGUCGGAGAGCAGCGGCGCCCCCAUCGACCUCCUCUACCGACUCGCCAAGGAGCAGGGCGACGCGGGCGGCCAGACCGGCUCGUCGUCCCCCCUCCCGACCCACAGCCCCUCGCCGUCAGUUCCUCGGAAAGAUGAGGCGGUAGGAGACAUGGACUUAGACGAGAAACCCGUCCCUCUCUCAGUCCUGGCCAAAGCAGCCAAAGCAGCAGCCAAACCGCCACCACCCUCCUCCUCCUCCUCCUCCUCCACGCCUACGCCUCCUCCCGGCUCCCCUCCUCCCUCAGUGGUGAGGAAAGCCCCCAUCUCCUCUCUGCUGCCGGUGUCCUCCCUGCUGCGCUCCGGGGAGCACAAGGCCGCGGGGAUGAAGGGCUUGAUGUCCAACCUCUCGGCCUCGGCCGCCGUCGCAGCCAAACCCAUCUGGGCGCCGCAGGAGGACGACGCGCCGCUCAACCUCACGCUGGAGGUCAACCCCAACAAGGACAUCGUUUGCCAGCUGUGCGGCGCCUGGUUCGAGACUCGGAAAGGAUUAUCCAGCCACGCACGAGCCCACCUCCGGCACUUCGGCGUGGAGUACUCCGAAUCCAAGGGCUCUCCCAUCGACCUCCUGAACCAGCUCAUCGACACGGACGACUUUAAGCACAACGCCGGCUCGCUGCAGCGCAGCGGCCCCGCGGAGCCCCGGGGCCCCGCCGGCUCCAAGCCGCCGCUGUACGGCCUCGCGUCCUCGCCACCGCCAUCGCUCCUCUACAAGGUGACCACGGCCGGGGGAGGGUCCACGGCCAAAGCUACCUCUUCCUCCUCGCUGCUCCUCGGCCCGCCCGCCAAGCGGCACAAGUCCUCCUCCGUGAGGGUCUUCCGCCUGAGCAGCGGCGAGCUCAUGGCUCUUCCACACAGCGACCCUCCGAAGGAAAUCGGCUGCGAGUUCUGCGGGGAGUACUUCGAGAACCGUAAGGGCCUCUCCAGCCACGCCCGCUCCCACCUGCGCCAGAUGGGCAUCACCGAGUGGUCGGUGAACGGCUCGCCCAUCGACACCCUGCGGGAGGUCAUCACCAGACGGGGCCUGCCUUGCGCUCUGCCCCUCAAACCUCUGAAGACGCCGCCUCCGUCCUCGCCCGGGCCCCCCCGCUCCCCUCUGCCGGCCUCCGCCUCUCCCUCGGCGACCCUCCUCGGCCGCCUGCCCUUCGCCUUCGCCCGGCCCUCCAGCCCCGCGCCGUCCGCGGCGUCCAAAUCGAGCUCGGCGGCGACGCCCCCGACGGCGUCCGGCGGGCUGAUCCUCAGGCUGAAGCCCGAGCCGCUGCAGCUGGACGUCACGGCGCCGUCCCGGGCCGCGGGGAGAUCUGGUUUCUCCGGUGACGCGCUCGGCUGCAGCUGGAGCAGCUCUGACACGGUGUUCCCCCUCAACCUGGCCAUGUCCCACGACGUGGAGCCUACACGAGACAUCCGCUGCGAGUUCUGCGGGGAGUACUUCGAGAACCGUAAGGGCCUCUCCAGCCACGCCCGGUCCCACCUGCGCCAGAUGGGCAUCACCGAGUGGUCGGUGAACGGCUCGCCCAUCGACACCCUGCGGGAGGUUAUGCACAAGCGAGGGGGGGGUACCCCCUCCCACCCGGACCAGGGGGUGAAGAAGGAGGCGAGCCACGGGACCGGCAGCCCGCUCUGGGACAACGCCGAGGGUUUGGGGGUCUCCGGCUACCAGUCGGGCUCCAAAUUCCGUAAAUCGCCGCUCAGUUUGCUUCAGUCGGCGCCGCGGCUCCACAAGCACGGCCCGGGGGCCGCGGCGGCCGCUAUGCCUGCUGGGAGGUUUUUCCGGCUGUCCCCGCUGGGGAAGAGGCCCCUGUCCGACGAGGGCCAAUCGGCGGAGAGCGCCCACUCGCCGCCGCAUCAACCGAAGACUUACUCACCUCUGCCGCACGACUUCUCCUUCAAAAGGAAACCCUCCCCCGACAAGCCCGGACACCAGGAUCCCAGCUGCGAGCUGUGCGGCUUCUACUUCGAGAACCGUAAAGCUCUGGCGAGCCACGCCCGCGCCCACCUGCGGCAGUUCGGCGUGACGGAGUGGUGCGUGAACGGCUCCCCCAUCGAGACGCUGAGCGCCUGGAUGCGCAGCCGGCCGCAGAAGGUGCUGGAGAUGCACCGCAGCUACAUGCAGGGCAACCGCUCCACCCUGAAGAAGCCCGGUCAGACAUUUCCCGCCCCAGACCCCACCCCCGGGGCCGCUCCAGCCCCCCCCCCCUCCAAGCUCAGGUUUGGGUCGCAGGAGCUAACGUCCGCGCUGCCCAGAGGUAUUGAGCGUCGGCCCUUGAAGCACCCGUCGUGCCCAGAUGGGACAGAGAGCCCUCCUAAACCCCCCCGCACAGGCACAGUCCCGGCCCUGGUGCCCAAACCGCCCUCGUACCCGCUGGUGAAGCUGGUGGGCAAGUUCUACACCCUAAAGUGCCGGUUCUGCGAGGUGGAGUUCCACGGGCCGCUGUCGGUGCAGGAGGACUGGAUCCGACACCUCCAGCAGCACAUCCUCAAGAUGAACUACAGCCGGCCCGCUGCACCCAAAGCCGCCUCCGCCGCCCCCCCCGCCCCGGCGGACGACCCGGCCUCUGCCCCAGCCUCCACCUCUACCUCCAGUACCACCUCUACCACGCCCCCCCUCACCUCCACCUCCACCCCCACCCUGGGCCGCGCCAACGCUCCAAACAGCCGCUCCCAUACGCCUCCGCCCGUCACUGCCACGGAGCUCGUAAAGGUCUCAGAGGAGCCCCCCACCUUAUCUCCAUCCUCUAUCCCCUUCCCCACCCAGACAGUUUGAGCUCAGCUCCGUCAGUCAUUUAACCGCCUUUUACUUUUCUCCCUGCCUUCGUCAUACAGUAUUGCUCAUAAGUUUACAUACCCAGGCUAAAGUUGACUAAAAAGAGGACUAAAAAAACAUCUUUUGGAAAUAGAUCUUAAUGCGUUAAUUAAAAAAAAAAGGAAAAAUCUAAUCUGUAAGGACACCAAUUUUCUUUGUGAAUGAAUAAUGUUUCAUAGAUAAAUAAAUGUUAUUCCUUAAAAUACAGGGGCAUAAGUAUACACCCCCCUAUGUUAAAAUAC